AUGCUCGGCAUCAUUGCGGAUCUGUUCUCUUCGGUCAUCACCAUCCUCUUCCCCAUCUUCGCCUCCUAUAAAGCUCUCCGUUCCUCCAGUCCCUCCCAGCUGGCACCAUGGCUGAUGUACUGGGUGGUCCUGUCCGCGAUCUUGAUGGCGGAAUCCUGGACCUACUUCAUCGUCGGAUGGAUCCCAUUCUACAGCUGGAUCCGUCUCUUCUUCUUCUCGUAUCUCGUCCUGCCGCAGACGCAGGGGGCCCGGAUCCUCUAUCAGACCUACGUCGAUCCGUUCCUGACCCACCACGAACGCGAGAUUGAGGACUUCAUGGGCCGCAGCCACGAGCGGGCCAAGGCCCUGGGGCUGCUGUACUUCUACCGGGCCAUCGACUACAUUCGGGAGCGUGUUCUGGGCCUGCCCGCCCAGAACCCGCCCCCACCGCCCCCGAGCGGGGUGGCCUCGUACGCCCAGUCGCUGCUGUCCCAGUUCAACAUCCCCCUGGCGGGGGGUUCUGGCCCCGCGCCGGGGGCGGCCCCGGCCAGCAACGACUGGUACACGACGCUGAGCGCGGCGGUAGCGUCGGUGACGUCGGCGGGCAAGAGCCACGAUGCUCGGGCGGAGGAGCUGUCGGCCAGCGGCACGAUGCUGCCCCGCGAGAUGGCGUCCAUGUCGCGGGCGGAGAAGGCCGAAUUCCUCUCGCAGCAGCGUGACGUGCUAGAGGUGGUGCGACGGGCGCUGGCGCGGGAGGAGAGCACGCUGGAGACGGGAGCGGUGGACGACGACCUGGCGUACGGAUCGUCGUCGUCGCUGCGGAAGAACCGCAGCGACCACUCGUUCGACCACAUCGAGCCGGAGGACCUCCGCGACCGGUCGCCGGCGCGUCCGGCUGGGGAUCGCAGUGGCUGGGGGGCGGCAGCGGCGUCGGGAGCGGAUCUGGCGGCGCGAGGGAUGGCGGAGUAUACGCGGUCCCGGCAUUCUUAG